CGGCGCGGCCGAUUCAAGAUGGCGGAGGUAGAGGAGCUGCCGGACGAGAGCUCAUCAGCAAAGGCGCUUGUGAGUUUAAAAGAGGGAAGCUUGUCCAACACAUGGAAUGAGAAGUUCAUUGCAUUACCCAAGACUCCUCCAUGGAAAGGAAGGAACUCCUGCUCUUUUGUUGAGACUCCAACAAGAAGCACAAAGAGGAGCCGAUUCUUCAAUGAAGAGGACGAGAGGCAACUACAGAACACCAAGUCUCCCAAGAGGAACCAACGUAUUGCCAUGCAUCCUCAGAAAUUUUCAGCGACCUUGGCAACACCAGACAAGAAGGUAGCCCAGAAGAUUGGGUUACGUCUACGGAAUCUAUUGAAGCUGCCUAAGGCACACAAGUGGUGCAUCUAUGAGUGGUUUUACUCAAACAUUGACAAGCCACUUUUCGAGGGGGAUAAUGAUUUCUGUGUAUGCCUGAAGGAGUCCUUUCCAAAUCUAAAAACCAGGAAGCUAACCAGAGUGGAGUGGGGGAAGAUCAGGAGGUUAAUGGGGAAACCAAGGCGCUGUUCAGCGGCUUUCUUUGCAGAAGAGCGGUCUGCUUUGCAACACAAGCGACAGAAGAUCCGACUCCUGCAGCAGAGGAAAGUGACAGAGCUCUCCCAGUACAAAGACCUCCCAGAUGAAAUCCCAUUACCGCUAGUUAUAGGGACAAAAGUUACCGCACGACUCCGGGGUGCUCAUGACGGCCUAUUUACGGGACAGAUAGAUGCAGUUGACACUAUUAACGCAACAUAUCGAGUCACGUUUGACCGGACGGGACUGGGAACGCACACCGUGCCAGACUAUGAAGUUCUUAGUAACGAGACGCACGAAACCAUGCCCAUCACCGCCUUCGCACAGAAGCAACGACCUUCCAGAUACUACCUGACACCACCACGGCUUCCUUACACUACGAGUGGGCAGUCACCCAUCACAGAUAACGAUCCACUUUUAGGUCAGUCACCUUGGAAAAGCAAGCUGUCGGCCACUGAAGGAGAGACGCUUGGGGGAUUUCCUAUAGAAUUCCUCAUCCAGGUGACAAGGUUAUCCAAAAUUCUCAUGAUCAAGAAGGAGCACAUCAAGCAGUUAAAAGAAAUGAACACAGACGCAGAGAAGCUGAAAUCCUACUCUGCCUCCAUUGGUAUAGAUUUUCAAAAACGAUAUGCCACCAUUGUUUUAGAACUAGAACAGCUGAACAAGGAUCUCAACAAAGUCUUGAAUAAAGUCCAGCAGUUUUGUUAUGAGCUUGCUCCUGACCAAGGUUUACAGCCCAUGGAUCAACCCACGGACAUGAGGAGGAGGUGCGAGGAGGAGGCUCAUGAGCUCGUGCAGCAGGCCAACACUUCACAAACCGGCCAGGCCAGUGUCAGGAACGAAGGCCUCACUGACUUGAUAGCAAGGCUGACGGCAGUGCUGCUACAAAUCAAAUGUCUGGCAGAAGGAGGGGACUUAAACUCUUUUGAAUUCAAGUCAUUGACAGACUCGUUGAAUGACAUCAAGAACUCUAUAGAUGCUUCAAAUAUAAGCUGCUUCCAAAACAAUGUGGAAAUCCAUGUCGCACACAUCCAGAGUGGCCUCAGUCAGAUGGGGAACCUCCAUGCCUUCACCGCCAACAAUACAAACAGAGACUAAAAGGAUUCGCUUUAACUCUUCCCUGGCACACGUGGAGCUGCGUGGAGCUCUCAUGGUGAAGGCAGGCAAGAGGAGUGUUUUUUUUAAAUAAUGAAAUGUACAGAUAAAUAGAACACAUCUAGAGGGGGCGAUUUCAAUGCUCUUUCUCUGUACUUUUUUCAUUAAAUAUGUAGUGUGGCAGCCUGAGUUUUUCAGGAAUUGGAUUUAUUUUUGUACGUUUUGUCAUUUAAAAGUUUAUUACCCAAGCUUUCUCAGUGUAAAUAUUAACUGUAAACUGAGGUAGCUAUCAAAUUGACAUGGGCGAUGGAUCUCCAGCUGAAUUAUGUAAAAAUGUAAAUAGUUUUUUUUUAGAAAAGCACAAAAAAAAUUGUGACUACCACCUCGUGAUGCGCUGGUUGCAUUGAGUCCUGGAAGGUGCUCAGAAUGUUCUCCUCUGCCUUGAUCCUUUUAUGAUCUUCUCCUCUGCAGAACAGGCUUAUUUACAGGCUCCUCCAGCCAUAUCCUCUUUGUGCAGCCCCCAUUCAGAAGGUCCAGUCACUGUAACACCACCACCUGUCAGAGCUCCAUCGCUGGUUUUGAGGGGAAAGUUAUUGCUGUUUUAGCCCUACUAGCUGGGCAUAUUCCCAAAAGAAUGCUAGAGCUUUUCAGAGGUGAGUGCAUGAGCAAGUGAGAGAGAUUAACUCUCUCCCUUUUUGCUCCAGCCAACUGGGAAGAUUCAGUGUGCCUGUACUGAGGUGUAAAUGUCACCCCCUCUUUCUUGGCCGAAUACAGAUGGGAAUACUAGCUAUAAUCAGUCUUCCCUCAGUGAGGAGUCUGUGCAUUGUGGAAGGUGGGGCUGGAACAUCUCUCUCACUCUCUCCCUGCUCCUCCCCUCACCCCCGCCCCCUCAACACUCACUCCCUUCCACCCCCCCCCCCCACUGUCUCUCAUUCCCCUACCUCAUAAACAGACGAGCAGCGUAAUGGGUUGAUUGUCACUUGUAUAUAGAACUGAUCCUCACAAAAUAAUUUGCUUUUGGCUUUCACCUAACUGCCUAGGAACUCUUCCUCCCUUCCCCACCAUGUACCCCAGGAGCACAGGACUUUAGAUGCAAGUUGUGCAGGGGAGUUGGCAUGUCAUCUGAAAAUUGGUCAUUAUUUUUGUUAAUGUGUUUAAAUGUUAAUAUUGUAAUGAGAAUGGAUAACAGAAUGUUUCCAGUUUAAUGUAGAUUAUUGUAAAGUUUUGAAUUUUUAAAUUUCCAAUUAGAAGAGCAAGUCUAAGGAGAAAACCUUACAAAGAACCUUUUUUGAUCAUUAAAUGAGCCUGGGCAACUUUUAAAAAGUAAAAACACAAAAAAAAUUAACAGAACUAUUAUUUUCAGUUUUUAACAUGUUUUGCACUGGCUUUUGGUUAAAAAGGUUUUUUGUAACUUUUUUUUCUUUGGUUAGUAUUUGCACCUCUCAUUUUUUUCUUCUGUUUUACUUUUAAGUGUAAAUAGAAUCUUCUUUCUCUUGCACUCUUCCAAAAUUUCAGCCAGAUAGUUCUAUAUACCGUUGUAAUUAAAUCUGAAUUAGUGUAUGUAGUACUGCCUUUUCCCUUGUUACCUUUUGUAUGGUGUAUAAAAUUGAA